CACCAAUUAAACAAAGAUGAAUGGUAGUGAUGAUGGUAGAGUGACUAAUGGUCCUAGUCUGGAGGUAGAGGAGGAUCCAGCUGUUAGCAGGUUUAGAGAAUAUUUAAGAAUCAAGACCGUGCAGCCAAAUCCUGAUUAUGCUCCAGCAAUUAAAUUUUUAAAAGGCCAAGCAUAUGAGAUCGGCUUGUCUUAUCAAUGCAUUCAAGUUGCUCCAGAAAGAAACGUGGUCAUCAUGAGUUGGGAAGGAACAGACACUGCUCUACCUUCUCUGAUGCUCAACUCUCAUAUGGAUGUUGUACCCGUCUUCCCUGAGAAAUGGUCCUGCGAUCCUUUUGAAGCAGUAAAGAGAGAAAAUGGAGACAUAAUGGCUAGAGGAGCACAGGACAUGAAGUGUGUUGGUAUACAGUAUCUGGAGGCCAUUAGGCUACUGAAAGCCUCAGGAUUCCAGCCACUAAGGACCAUUCACUUAACCUAUGUACCAGAUGAAGAAAUUGGUGGAUUAAAAGGAAUGCAGCCGUUUUUAAAGAUGGAAACCUUUAAAAUGCUUAACGUCGGAUUUGCACUUGACGAGGGUCUUGCUAACCCAACUGAGGCUUUUACAGUUUUUUAUGCCGAGAGAACAAUACUAUGGUUAAAAGUUACUUGUUUUGGGUGUCCUGGCCACGCCUCUCGUUUUGUCGAAGAGACAGCUGCUGAGAAACUUAUUAAAGUUAUGAAUAAGUUUAUGGACUUUAGGAAGAACGAGGAAAAGAGAUUAAAAGAAGACAGUUCAUUGAAACUUGGUCAUGUCAAUACAAUCAACAUCACAGUGUUAAGUGGAGGAGUGCAGCCUAACGUUAUACCUAGUGAAGUCUCAACUGUUAUAGAUUUAAGAGUAACACCACUUCAAGAUAUGAAGGAAUUCAAGGAUAUGAUACACGCCUGGUUGAAAGAUGCAGCCGGAGAUGACUUUGAAAUUGAGUGGCUUCAUAAAGAUGACCACGCCCAUCCAACCAGUAUAGAUGAAUCGAAGAACCCUUGGUGGAAGAAAUUUAAGAAUACUUGUGAUACUCUAGGAAUGAAACUUGAGACAGAAAUAUUUCCAGCUGGUACAGACAGUCGUUACUUAAGACAACUGGGGCUUCCGGUUUUAGGUUUUUCCCCUAUGAAUCACACUCCUGUCUUACUCCAUGAUAACGACGAGUUCCUAAAUGAGAGAAUCUUUUUACGAGGCAUAGAUAUUUAUAAAAACCUUAUUACGAAUUUGAGCAAUUUAUAAUUAUAAUUAGUAUUUAUAUUGUAUUAUUUUAGUAUAAUUAUUAUUUAGUAUUACUAAUAAAGUCAAGCAGGACAUACUUUCUGUUAAUUAU